UUGGCGCCACACGUUGAAGGCGGCGUUUGUAUUCCCCUCACAAUCAGUUUUUUUUUCUUUUCAGAUGGUCUCAGUCAUGUUGAGGAAGUAAUUAGCCUAGUUUUCAACCGCAUUGGGCUACUCAGACGUAGUGGCGCAAUCGCUUGGAUUUAUGAGGAACUUCGAAAAAUAGAUGAAAUCAAUUUUCGCUUUAUGGAGAAAGUCGAUCCAGUAGCUGCGGUCAUCGCAUAUUCUUCUAAUUUGCAGCGUAUUCCUUUCCGAGACAUUCUGUCGUGGAAUCUUCUUUGGACGGAGUACAAACCUGAUAGAAUUAUGGAAAUCAUCGAGAUGUUGUCUCCGAAGAACAUGUUCUACAUUGUAGUUGCCAGGCAGUACAGUGGUCAGGAGGGCAAUAUUCACGAGCCGAUUUUUGGGACAGAAAUGCGAAUCGUAAAUAUAGAGGGGGAAACAAUGAAGCAGUUCGAAACCGCUCUGGAAACGGAGAAUCCUGCUCUGCGGCUACCGCUGAAGAACGACUACAUUGCUACAAAAUUCGAUCUCAAACCACGAGAAACAACUAAACGGGACCAUCCUCGCGUCAUACAAGACGAUGCAUGGUGUCGAAUUUGGUUCAAGCAAGACGACGAGUAUAAACGCCCGGUAGCUGUGACUAGGGUCGCACUCAUCUCUCCAGUGGUGUCAAAGUCCCCAAAAGCACUAAUGCUCUUUAAAAUGUUCUUAGCGUGUUUGCAAGACGCUUUGAUGGAAGAUAUUUCGAAUGCGGAUCUGGCUGGUGUCUACUGCAACAUAAGUGACGAAGAUUUCGGGCUUCUACUGGAAGUGGGUGGUUACGACGAAAAACAACCGCAACUUGUUGAGCAUGUUAUCAAGCGAAUGAUUGGCUUCAAACCGGAUCCUCUCCGUUUCGAUGCCUUAUUUGACGAAGUAAAGCGUUGGCUUAAGAACUCUGCGCUCGCGGAGCCUAUUUCGCUAUCAGAUUACUAUAUUCUGCAGCUACUAAAAGAUCGGUGCUGGACCAACAAGCAGCUGCUCGCCGUAUGCGAAGGAAAGCAUAUUUCAUUGAAAUUUCGGAAAUUGUUAGACGAAGUCAAUGAUAUGGUUUGA